AUGGAAGAAGUGCGUGUGAAGGAAGAGUUCCCGGACAUGGAGGCUGCGGGCCUAAAGCAGGAGCCCCCAGAGGAAGCGGAGGCAGUGAAUGGAGUGCUACCGAGUGACCUGGUGUUUACAGAACAUGUGUGCAUCAAGGUGGAGGCAGAGUUUGUGGGGGGUGAGGAGGAGGGGGAGGGACCGAGCCAGAGCGGGACGCCACGAGCUUGCGGGAGCGAGACAGAACAAAAGAAACAACAUCAAGAUGAAGGACAAGCGACGGCACUCGAGACAGAAGCCCCGGCCAGCGCAGUGACGCAAAAAAUAGAAAACCCAUACUCGUGCGAUGUCUGUAAAAAGGAGUUUCCCCAAUUAGGCGCCUUAACUAAGCAUAAACGAAUUCACGCCGAAAAAACUUACCAGUGCAAUACGUGUGAUAUGCGGUUCAGACUUCUAAGUAUAUUACAAGCACAUGAACGCCGUCACAGAGGCGAGAAACCUUACGAAUGUAAAACAUGCCAAAAGCGCUUCUCGACAACGUACGAUUUGAAGAAACACGAGCUAAUCCAUUCUGGCGAAAAACCUUACUCCUGCGACGUAUGUAAAAAGCAAUUUAGACAACUUCAUUCGUUGAAUUUACACAAACAAAAUCACACAAACAAACCAUAUUUCUGCGAAGUAUGUUAUAAGAACUUCACAGGUUUAGAUGCUUUGAAGGAGCAUGAACGAAUACACACAAAAGAAAAGAGAUUUUCGUGCGAUGUGUGUGGAAAAGCUUUCAGGAAUUCAUCUGCAUUAAAUGACCACAAAAGAACACACACUGGCGAGAAGCCUUAUCCAUGUGGCACGUGCGAAAAAGAAUUUGCGAAAUUGCAGGAUCUAAAAACACAUGAGCGUAUCCACACCGGUGAGAGACCUUACUCUUGCGAAACGUGUGAAAAGAGCUUCAAACAGUGGAAUCAAUUAAAAGUACACAAACGAUCUCACACAGGCGAGAGGCCUUAUCCUUGUGGUACGUGUGAUAAGCGAUUUGCGCAAUUAAGCCAUUUGAAAGCUCACGAACGUCGUCACAGGGGCGAAAAACCUCACGCCUGCAAAACAUGUCAAAAGCGCUUUUCGGAAAUGUACGACCUGCAGAAACACGAGCUAAUUCAUACAGGAGAGAAACCUUUUGCAUGUGAUGUAUGUGAAAAGCGAUUUAGACAAACGAGUGCAUUGAAUUUACAUAAGCAACUACACACUAGAGAAGCGUACCGCUGCGACAAAUGCAUUCGGGUGUUCACAGAAUUGGAUGAUUUAAAGAAUCAUGAACAAGUACAUUCGAAAGACAGAAGAUUCCCUUGCGAUGUGUGUGGAAAAGAGUUCAAGCAACCGUCUCUAUUAAACAAGCACCUGAGAACACACACCGGUGAGAAGCCUUAUCCCUGUGGCACGUGUGAAAAAACAUAUGCGAAGUUGUCUAGUUUAAAGAGACAUGAGCUUACCCACACCGAUUAA